AUCGAAUCCAAUCCCACUUCACACUUCACGCGUGACCGAUUCUUUCGCCGAGAUCCAAAUCUCACACCUUUCACGCUCCACCACCCAAAUAAAACCUAACCCUAGUUUUUCCAUUCCUCAUCGGAAAAUCCCACAUCGGAGAAGAUGAACGAUGCCGACGUCUCUCGCCAGAUCCAGCAGAUGGUCCGUUUCAUCCGCCAGGAGGCCGAGGAGAAAGCCAACGAGAUCUCCGUCUCCGCUGAAGAGGAAUUUAACAUAGAAAAAUUGCAACUUGUUGAAGCUGAGAAGAGAAAGAUUCGCCAAGAGUAUGAGAGGAAGGAAAAGCAAGUGGAAGUCCGUCGGAAAAUUGAAUAUUCAAUGCAGUUAAAUGCAUCACGCAUUAAAGUUUUGCAAGCCCAAGAUGACUUUGUGAAUUCAAUGAAAGAAUCUGCUAGUAAGGAGCUUUUACGUGUCUCUGAAAAUGCCAAGUCAUAUAAACAGCUUCUGAAAGACCUCAUUGUGCAGAGUUUACUGCGCCUGAAAGAGCCAUCAGUUUUAUUGCGGUGCAGAGAGUGUGACCGUAAGUUGGUUGAGUCUGUCUUAGAGGAAGCAAAGCAACAAUAUGCAGAGAAAGCAGAGGUUCAUCCUCCUAAAGUUACUAUUGAUGGCAAAGUAUACCUUCCACCACCUCCAACUAAGCCUGAGGCUCAUGGUCUCUUCUGUUCUGGAGGUGUUGUAUUGGCUUCACAAGAUGGGAAAAUUGUUUUGGAGAAUACACUUGAUGCCAGACUUGAAGUUUUAUUCAGACAGAAGUUGCCUGAGAUCCGGAAGACUCUUUAUGCUAAGGUUGCCACCUGAUUCACAGUCGGUUUUUCCGUAUUCUAUAAUAAUAGAUCGGCGUUAUUGUUCGGUCUGAUCUAACCAUGUUCUCUUUUUUUGUAUGUAUUUUACAAGCUUCCCCAUGCUGUGCUUGGGAGAUGAAUUACAAAUAACAGGAUGCUUUAGACACCUCUAAAAUGUAUCACAGAAACAGAUAAUUACUUGCUUCUAUCUUUUUUUUGGUUGAUAUUAAUGUUAGAACCUUGGCCUAUCUUUUA